UUGGCGGAGGCUGGUCCGCCCCUGCUCGGGUGAUCUGGCGCAGAACCCAGGGGGUGCUUGGCGCUCGUCGGGCUCCUCCCCGUUUGCUGCGGCCUCUGCGCUCGCCGUUAUCUUGUGGCCUCCCGCAGUAUGUGGAUGACGCCCAAGAGGAUUAGGAUGGAAGUCGACGAGGCCCUUGUGUUCCGACCCGAGUGGACCCAGCGUUACUUGGUGGUGGAGCCUGCGGAGGGCGACGGGGCCCUGUGCCUGGUGUGUCGCCGCCUGGUCGCCUCGACCCGCGAACGCGACGUGAGACGCCACUACGAGGCCGAACACGAAUUCUACGAACGGUUUGUAGGGGACGCGGAGCGCGCGGCCCUGGUGGAGCGUCUGCGUCAGGGCGACAUGUCCUUAGCCUCCGUGCUCACUCCGGAGGAGAGAGCGACACGGGCAGGCCUCGGCCUCUGUCGCUUCUUGGCCUUGAAGGGUCGCGGCUGGGGUGAGGGAGACUUCGUCCACCAGUGCAUGGAGGUGUUGCUGAGAGAGGUGCUGCCGGAUCACGUCGGCGUCCUGGAAGGCAUUGAUUUGUCUCCAGAGAUCACGCGGCAGAGGAUUCUGAGCAUUGACAGCAAUCUCCGUAGCCAGCUGUUUAACCGGGCCAGGGACUUUAAGGCCUAUUCCCUUGCUUUGGAUGACCAGGCUUUUGUGGCCUAUGAGAACUACCUCCUGGUCUUCAUCCGCGGCGUCGGCCGCGACCUGGAGGUGCAGGAAGAUCUUCUGACGAUUAUCAACCUGACUCAUCACUUCAGUGUUGGGGCCCUCAUGUCGGCGAUUCUGGAGGCCCUGCAGACAGCAGGACUCAGCUUACAGCGAAUGGUUGGACUGACCACGACCCACACCUUAAGGAUGAUUGGUGAGAACUCGGGACUGGUCUCUUACAUGAGAGAAAAGGCCGUGAGCCCCAACUGUUGGAACGUUAUCCACUAUUCGGGAUUUCUGCACUUGGAACUGUUGAGUUCUUACGAUGUCGAUAUUAAUCAGAUCAUAAAUACCAUAUCUGAGUGGGUAGUUAUGAUUAAGACCCGAGGUGUUAGACGGCCAGAGUUUCAGCCUUUACUGACUGAGUCUGAAGCAGAACACGGCGAAAGGGUUAACGGGCGGUGUUUGAAUAACUGGCUGAGAAGAGGCAAGACGUUAAAGCUGAUAUUUUCGCUAAGGAAAGAAAUCGAGGCCUUCUUGGUUUCAGUGGGGGCGACAACAGUCCACUUCUCAGACAAGCAGUGGCUUUGUGACUUUGGCUUCCUGGUAGAUAUGAUGGAUUAUCUUCGAGAGAUCAGUGAAGAACUGCAGAUAAGUAAGGUCUUUGCUGCCGCCGCCUUUGAACGAAUCUGCGUCUUUGAGGGUAAGCUGAGUUCACUUCAGAGACAUAUGGAAGAAGUGGAUCUAGAAGACUUUCCUGCCUUCAGCAUCAUCGUUGAUGAGCUUAGACAGCAGUUUAAGGAAGAUCAAAAAAUAUUUGAUCCUGACAGGUAUCAGAUGGUGAUCUCCCGCCUACAGAAAGAUUUCGAGAGACAUUUUAAGGACCUCAGGUUCAUUAAGAAGGACUUGGAACUUUUUGCAAAUCCGUUUAGCUUUAAGCCCGAAUACGCGCCUAUUUCCGUGAGAGUGGAGCUGACAAAGCUUCAGUCCAACACUGACCUGUGGAAUGAAUACAGAGUCAAAGACUUGGGACAGUUUUAUGCUGGAUUGUCUGCUGAGGCUUACCCCAUUAUCAAAGGGGUUGCCUAUAAGGUGGCAUCCUUGUUUGACAGUAACCAAAUCUGUGAUAAAGCCUUUUCAUAUUUAACUCGAAACCAGCACACCCUGAGCCAGCCGCUGACCGAUGAGCAUCUCCAAGCCCUGUUUCGAGUUGCCACAACUGAGAUGGAUCCUCGCUGGGAUGAUCUUGUGAGAGAAAGAAAUGACUCAUAAGCCUUUGUAGUACAACCAGAUUCGAUCUGAGAAGGAAAAAUGAGUUUGAUUUUCUUUCACAUUUACUAAUUUGGAUUGCUGGGAAGCAUUGAGCUUCUUACAAGAUGUGGAAAUCGAUAAACAUUGAAAUCUUCUGACAGGUUGCCUUUUCCCCAUCGCAUUUGGCAACAUGGAACUGAAACAUAAGAAUACCACCUUUGAAAAACUUAGUUUAAUAGAAAUGUCAUUGCCUUUUACUUUUAUGUUAUAACUGAUUUUCAACAAGUUUAGUAUCGAUAUUGUAAGUUGAACUAGAAGUCUGGUUUUAAGAUGUUCUGGAGAUACAUGCCAAAAGUUUCAGCUCUUAUUUUGACACAGUGUAAAAAGUGUGAUACAUGGUUUGAAAUGACCAACUCCUUAAAAGUGUAUUUGAGUCGGUUUACAGAAACUCACAUAGCAAAUCAAGUUUCUGAAAAGAAGCAUAUACACAGUGGAGGUAUUUUGUCUAGCUAACAGGAUUUAGGAUUAUUUUUGAAAGCGUAUUUCUGAGCCUGAAGUAAAUACUGGCAGAGUUUCAGUCCCCACCCCCACCUACCCAGUUGAUGGUGACGUUACAGAUGGAGCAGCAAGAAUUACUUUAAGGUUUUGAUUGGGGAGGCCUCUUACUAUCAGGAAUUAAGAAUAAAUGAUUUUUGGAGGUUUGCUCCUUAUUUCUUUCACAACUAAGGGCAGUUUUUUCAGCUCGUCUAUCAAAGGACCAUGGUAAGUAUGGAAUCUUAACCAUUGCCAGUCAGUAAUUCUGUUUUCUACUCUUGACAGAACUGGGGUCCUAUCAAAACAGUGGGGGGGGGGGGGGGGGGGGCUCUUACACUUCAGGAUCAGGAGUUAUGAGAGGUUUUAGCUUAUUUGUCUUUUCUGCAUGGCUAUUAAUGUUUUAUAAAGAAACUGUGCUUAAGGGAGACACUUUAUUUUGAAAUGACAAGUGUCAGAUUUUGUUAGCUGCUGAAAAUGGAUUUACUCUAGAACUGUUUUCCACAUUGACUAGUUAAGACAGUGUACAGUAAUAUUUAAAUCUGAAGAAGCAGCCUUAUCCACAGACUGUAACACUUCCUAGAGAUGUUGGUUUUGUGCUAUCACGUUUAUCAGACAUGUUAACUGUGAAAACGUCAACCUUAACGGUAAAGCUCAGCACUGUAAGCCUGGUGGAAAAGCAGCACCCGAUUUGUAACCCAUCCUCAAUUAUAGUUGAAAAGCUAUCGUGCUCCUUUCUGUCUUAAAGACUGUAGCACAUUAUCUCCUGCUUUAUUCAAGGAACCUGAUUACAACCAAGAAUUUAGAAGGAACAGAUGCCUAAGCCACCCGAGCCUAAGAACCCAAGUCAAAUCAGGGGUUCUCAGCCAAAGCCCUUCCUUCCAGAAUGUGCUGCUGGCAAGUGCCUAGGGCACCUUUGUGAUUAUCUUACUUACUAGAGGGUUCUGCUGGCAUCUAAACUUAAAGAUUUCUCUCUCCUGUGGUGUUCAGUACAGCCUGAUACCAUGAAGAGUCAUCCCUCCCAAAGUGCCAGCAUGCUCUCCCACCAAGUAUACAUUAUCUUAUGUCAAGGGACAGGGAGAAUCUCCAGUAGCAGCUGAUGGCAUACUUGAUAGGGAAGCCUAAUUCCAGCGGUUCAGAGAGGAAACCAAAUAUCAGAUUGACAUUUUGCUUAUCCAAGAAUAAGCUUAAAUGCCUGAAAAACAGAAGGACUCUACUGGGAAUUUCCCAGUAGCUUUGUGUAUUACCUUUUACAGCAAAUACUUUAAAUACUUUUAUUAUUUGAGAGAAUGAUCGGAAAUCCUGAAAGCUGCUUCUACUUUCUGUUCCUAGUCCUCUAAAUAUUAAUAUCUUGUGUAUUCUAUCAAGUUGUCGUGUUUUGCUUAAGGUGAUAAUAAAAUUAGUUUGCAUCAUGUA